UACAGGAAUCCAUUUCACAGAAACUGACCAGGGCUGUUCAGUUGGAUUGAUUCAACGUCAAGGGAAGUCUGUUAUGUGAGACAAUAAAUUCCACCAGGAAGAUCAUGGCUUCACUUUGGACUGUAGUUUUUCUCCUCCUCUUGCCAUGUUGUUUUGGAUCCAUCAGCUUCACUCUUCAGGAAGAAGAACCAAUAGACACACUGAUAGGAAACAUUGCCACAGAGAGUGAACUUGCCAGUAACAUGACAGAUGACGAAUUCAAAAGCCUGAAAUAUGAUUUUUUGGAUCAAACCAAAAUGGCUUCUUUGUUCACAAUCAACAAUGAUAAUGGGAACAUUUACACAGCAGUUGAGAUUGACAGAGAAACAGAGUGCAGCUUUAAGGAGGUGUGCUCUCUUGAUUUUGAUGUGAUGGUGCGAUCCAGUGUUAGCACAAAAUAUGAGAUCAUUUCUGUGAAUAUCAUUAUUCUGGAUGUUAAUGACAGGAGUCCAACGUUUCAACCAAAUGUUAUCACUGUGCAAAUUUCUGAAUCGGAAGCUGUUGGGACCACCAUUGGAAUAGACGGUGCAUCAGAUUCAGACUCAAGUGCCAAAAAUAGAAUUCAGAAUUACACAAUUGUUCCUGUGGAUGGGCCAUUUGGAUUAAAUGUGACAAAGAAAGAUGGAGGACAUAUACUGAAACUGGUUUUAAAAAGGACGCUGGAUAGAGAGUCGAUUAAUUCCUAUCAGGUCAGUAUAGUGGCUUAUGAUGGUGGACUUCAUCCUAACUCUGGGACGUUAUCAGUCACUGUGGAAGUAACAGAUGCUAAUGACCAUUCUCCUGUUUUUACUCAAAGUGUUUAUGAGACUAAGGUCAAAGAAGGAGUUCAGAUUGGCACUUCUGUCUUGAGAGUGUCAGCCACAGAUGAUGAUGAAGGAAAAAAUGCAGAAAUCAGGUACCGUUUCAGUUCUACCCAGUCAGAUCUUGAUGAAAUAAAGAAGAUUUUUGCCAUCAAUGAUACCACUGGUGACAUUUCUGUAGUUGGUAAUCUAGUGUAUGAAGAAGGCAAGGUUUAUGAGAUCAGUAUUGAGGCUACAGAUUUGGGACAACAGCCUGCAGAAUCUCAGUGUACAGUCCGGAUUACUGUGGAGGAUUUUGGAAACAACCCUCCCACAGUUCGUGUGAAUUUCCUUUCUUCUAGCAGUAUAGGCAUAGUAAAUGUAUCUGAAUCAUCCAAACCAGGUUUAGUCAUUGCUCAUGUCAAUGUGGAAGAUACAGACUCUGGUUCCAAUGGAGUAGUGACAUGUGAUAUCUCUGACAAUUCCUUUGCUUUAGAGGCUGUUCAGGGAAAGGGUUAUGUUGUCCUCAUAAAAUCUCUAUUAGACAGGGAGACAAAAGCCAUCCAUAAUGUGACUGUAACAUGUGAAGAUCAAGGAACCCCAAAGUUGAUGACCUCCUCCCAUUUUCUUGUGCAUGUUCAGGAUGAAAAUGACCACAGUCCAAAAUUCAAACAGGCUAUCUACUUUUCAGCCAUCAAUGAGAACAAUGCUGUAGGAGAUUUCAUCACCCAGGUUCUGGCUAUAGAUGAUGACUUUGGUCCCAAUGCUCUGGUUAGAUACCAGCUUUCUACAGACUCCCACAACAUGUUUGCCAUUAACCCUGAAACAGGAGUGAUCACCGCAAACACAAGAUUUGACAGAGAAACAAAUCUUUUUUACAAGUUUACUGUAAUUGCAUUGGACAGAGGGACUCCACCUAAAUCCAGCACAGCUUCAGUGGUUCUCAAUAUCAGUGACAUUAAUGAUAACCCACCAGUUUUUGAAGUACCAGAAUUUCAGUUUUUUGUGCUGGAGAACUCUGAUGCAAACACAAAUAUAGGUUCUGUCAGUGCUACUGACAAAGAUGAAGGAAAGAAUGGAGAUGUGGUUUUUAAGUUGUCUCCAACUUCAAAUGUCCCCUUCAUCGUCCAGACUGAUGGAGGUAUACUGACCACCAAGUCCUUAGAUAGAGAAGUCAGUAGUAAAUACAGUUUCCAGGUUUGGGCUCGCGAUCUUGGUUCACCCUCACUGAGCAGUGAGAUUACAGUUAAUGUUUUAGUGCGUGAUCAAAAUGACAAUGCUCCGUUUAUUGUAUACCCCUCCAAAGAAAAUAACACAAUGUCUAUCUCCUAUCUUGCACCUGUUGGUUCUAAGAUAUCCAGUAUUAAGGCCUAUGAUUUGGAUGAAGAAGGUCCAAAUAGCCAACUAGAAUAUCUAUUUCAUAAUGGUAAUGAGCUAGAUAUUUUUUACAUUGGAAGAAACACAGGGAAAAUCUCUUUAAGAAAGACAUAUCAUAUAGAUAUGGAUGUGACUUUUGCCGUGUCUGUCCUUGUGAAAGACAAGGGAGAUAAUCCAAGGCAUAACAUUACAAACUUUUACAUUGUGUUGAAGUAUUCCAAUGGAACAACUGUUGAAGCUCUUCAAGAUAAUGGAAAUAAGAACAUAGUAAUCUCUGUCAUCAUUGUCUGCUUCACCAUUUUGAUAUCAGCAGUCAUAUUUACUGUUAUCUGCAUUCUCUGUCGCCAAGACAAAAAACUGAAAAAAUCUUAUCUGCAAAACACAGACAAGACUCUUUAUGACCAAAAGGUACCAGAAGUUGUGAUGGAGGUGACCCCAGAAAUCAAUGGAGUUCUCUGUAACCCUGGAGACACACCAACUAAGAAGAAGAAAAAGGAAGUCAGCUUUACCCUGGAUGAAGAGAAUCAUAACAUGGUCCCUAGCUUCAGUAACCAAGACUUCAAUGGCAGAUCACACAAUCAGGGACCUCCAGUUCUUGAACCAGACUAUGAUGGAGCUCCUACAGAAUUCCAGAAUUUCCCUCCCAACUCCCCAUACUUAGCUAACAAUAGACCAUCUGUUCAUAAACAGAGACAGCCAUUGCCAUCUACAGACAACUUCAGUGAUUCCUCAGGGGACACAACUACUGCAGACAGUGGAAGAGGGGGAAGUGACCUUGACCUAAGUCAUAUACAUAGGCAAGAUGACAAAGGAUCAGAGUAUGCCAAACUACAAGCACCUGGCUCCCUAAACAAAGUACAUCUUCCUCAUUUUGACAAUUUUAUUCAGCACACACAUGGACACUUGAAACCCCAGCCCUACAGUGCUAUGCAUCAGAAAAACUCAAAUAACACAGCAGGGCAGUGGAACCCUUCAUAUGUCUGACAAAAUUAUAGAUCCUCCACAACUUAUUAUCAAACUUCUUGAUCUUCAAGUCAUGUAGGAACUACAGCAAUAUACAUUUAUCUGUGGAAGGAAAUACAUUUCAUGUUGAUCUCAUUUUUGAUGGUGCUUAUUAUUUCACAGAAACUAUUCAUGUGUGCAUUUUGUUUUUGUUGAUGAACUGUACAUGUACAUUAACUUCCAACCUGAUUCAAAAAAAAAUUAAGCUUCCCAAGCUGUGUGGAGGAUAUUCUAUUAUAUAGAGUAGAGAUGACAAAGUUCCUUUCAAGACUACUACAAUAUACCUCAUUAGAUUUACCCAUGACAUGUUGAGGUAGAGCUGUGCCAACGUGUCCAGAUGACCUUCUGAACGAUUCCAGGAAACAUUGUACAUCAUGACUACUGCCGUUAAUUAUCAUAAAUUACACAGUUUGUUACAGUUGUUGAAUUUAAUAAAAUGAAAUUGUAACUUUG